AUGCCAUGCCGCACCACCACGCUCACCCUCCGCCUUAUCCUGCUGACCUUCCUCAAGACCAAUGUCCAGGCGUUCGUCUCCGCUCCGGGUUGGAGCUACACGGGUUCUACUGCCUGGUAUCGUAGAGAAUUCUCAGCGUCAGCUUCACGGCGGCCCGUCCUGGGGAUGGUGAUGGCAUCGGAGGACGCAAGCCUAGUUGUGCCGCCUUCUCCAGCUGAUGAUGAUGACGGCACCAGUGCCAGUCUACCGCCAGCAGCAACACUCGUCCGAAAACGGACCCGCGCGAAGCAAAAGAUCAACUCCGCCGUCGAGGGCGUCUCCAAGCCCCACGUCUUCGACAAGGAGAUUUUCGCGCUGGCCUUGCCCACCCUCGGGGCCGUCCUGAUCGACCCCUGCCUCUCCCUGGUCGACACCGGAUACGUGGGCAGGCUGGGGGCUCUCAGCCUUGCCGCCAUUGGCCCUUGCGCCGCGGCGUUCAACUUCGUUUUCGUCACGGCGAGCUGCGCUCUUCUGGUGUCCACGUCCGUGCUGGUCUCGGAGCAACGAGCCAUGAACGACCGGGCUGCCAUCGGACGCACCCUCACCCUUGCCUCCGGGUUGGCAGUGUCGAUGGGGGUCAUCAUGGCGGUGCUCUUCUACGUUAACUCGGCUGGGCUGCUGUCUCUCAUGGGGGCUCCGCAGGAAGUUAUGAGCCUGGCGGUACCCUACCUUCGAUGGCGGGCGUCGGCGUUUCCCGCCAAUCUUUUCUUGCUCGUGGCGUGCGGGGCUUUCAGGGGAAUGGGCGAGCCCAAAGCGGGCCUGAACAACGCGAUAGUGGUCGGAGUGGUAAACCUCGUGCUGGACCCGGUGCUGAUGUUUUCGUGUGGCCUUGGCGUCACAGGCGCGGCGAUGGCUACGGCAGCGGCGCAGUGGGUGGGAGCCUUGGUGUACACCAAGUACAUGUGGGACAGAAGGGAGAGGCUUGGAUUGGCGGGGGGGGUAAGCCUUCCAGGCUUGGGGGAAGUGAAGCAGUUUCUCGGAGCGGGAGGGGCGAUGGUGUUUCGUCAGUUGUGCAACGUGGGAGCAUGGACGGUAAUGGCGUCGGCUGCUACUCGGAUGGGGAUCCUGGAGGUGGCUGCGCACCAGCUCAUGCUGUCGCUGUGGCUCGUGAUCGCUUUCGUUCAAGAGUCCCUCGGCUCCUCCGGCCAAGUCCUUGUGGCACAGUACCUGGGCUUGGCCCGAGACUCUCACAAGGCUUCGGGGCUGGACCUGAAAGCGGCAUGGGACGGGGCCGCUCUUGAGUCGAGGGAAACCGCGAGAUCCAUCGCCAAGCGUGUUCUCACGCUCAGCCUAGGCUUGGGGUUUAGCCUGGCGGCGUGCUCGAGGUUGGUGUUUCCGGCGCUGCUGUCUGUGGUGUGCCAGUCUCGUGAGGUUGCAGCCCUCGUGUCUCAGGUGUUUCCCACCAUCCUGUACGCCUUCCCGAUGUGCUGCGUGGUGUGGACUUGGGACUCCCUAUUUUACGGGGCCUCUGAUUUCGUGUACAACGCCAAGACCGUAGCGGUGGCUUCGCUGUGUGGAGUCGUGGGAUCGGUGCUCUCGCUCCGGCGAGGUUGGGGAGUCCUGGGCCUCUGGGUGAGCAUGACGUACGUGCUGUUCGGCGUCCGCAUGGCCGCUCACCUGUGGCGCUUCAACUCGAGACGAGGCCCCUUCGGCCCGAGCGCCUUCAUGGACGAAUCUCGGCGUAUCGCCGAGACCGCGAGCGCGGUAGACGUGGCGCCAGCUUCGCCAUCUGCGUGAGAGUGUCGUGAGUCCCGCCGUUGUUGGGGGAGUCCGCGAUCAGCUGUCACACGACUGUUGAUUUUUUCUGUCGAUGUGUUUGGGCAGCAAAGGAAGUGCCGUUACGAGAGGUGUAACUGCUGUGGCGUGGAAAAGCAUACGCGCUUGUCAGCUUCCGAUGAAAUCUUGUAUUUGCUCUUGGGGUUGGGCGUCAAAACGUUAAGCGCGUGGGAUUACGGGUGCCCCAGUGUUCGUGACAGGUUGCCGCCUUGAGACCGGCAGCGCUCGCCUGACGCGCGGUUGGUAUAAAUGUUUUUGAUUCAUGCAUAUUUAGGAGCCAAUUUAACGUUGCAGCGCGUCUUGUAGUUUUGUUUGUUUGGCGGGGUGUUCGGCAGGGCAGCGUGACGGUGAUUGCUCCGUAGUGGGGGGCACGUACAGCUCUUACAGCUCUUUGCUCUGACGCCCGGUGAUUUUGAUGCACUUAAAGGGUUACGGUGUUAAACGCUUAUUCGUUUGUGGGCAUUGUGUAUUGUGAGGGAAGAGUAGACUUGCCACAACGAAGGUGUACAAGGCGCUUCGCUGACAUGAGCGGUCUCUACAGAGCGGGGGGUUAUCUGCUCAUGAGACGUAUGGAUUGUACUUAUUUUUUCAGCGAAGAGGAGGCGAGAUGCUGUGCGUCAAAGUUGCGACCGAGGCCUUCUGACCGACCGUUCGUGAAAUGUUUGCCGUCUCACGCGAGGGUGACAAAUGAUGUGAUCGGCCCUGCGAUGGUUGUAUUUUUCGGCAAUGGAAACGUCGGUUGCGUCGCAGUGCGUUUGAUACUUGGGAGCUACAAGGAGUUGAAACUUUCCCCGCAGGAAAUUAGAGGCAGUGGUAGUAAAUAGGAGUAUGUGUUUUCGCAGCCGUGGGCCUUAGAUACUACAGGCGCGGGCAAGCUCGUCGAAAUUGAAGUCUUGGACAGCGGGAACGGAAGGAAUUCUGGCAAGAAACCUCCGUACAAAUUGUUCAGUUAUUCUGCUGUUGUGCGCGCUACAUCCCCGUGGGGAGAGCCUUCCUUUGCGUUGGCUGAUGUUGCUCUAGUCUGUUUUGUUACGAGAAGCGACGGCGGUGGAGUAUGUUGUAGAUGCGUGUUGUGUGGGGGUUAGGCCGGUGUAGACGGUGUAGGAGAUGCAAACAGCGUCGACGGGGGGGGGUCGGCCGUUGCCCCUGCCGGAAAAUUGUUCUGACGAUUUCGUCGCAUGCGCUUGCUAGCCUCGCGUUACUUUUCACCGAUUCUCAGCGCUGUGCAUACGUUGCACAUUAGAGGUUAAACCAACAUGUGUGCUGGUAUUUGCAGCGUAAGUUGGUAGCAGUGGCUGGAAUGGUUCUGUUGAUAACCUGGCGUG